AUGUUUGGUAUUUCACUGUUGAGGCUACAUAAUAACGUGCUUCCGGCAUUUCAGCAGUCGGUGAGAACGGCUGCUCAAAUCACAUCGAUUCACGCAGUCACAUCCAUCAAAACGGCACCAUCUAUCAAACAACAUACUGUUGAACAAGGUAAUGAAAGGAAACAGCUUCUUUCCCGACCAGGCUUGUUUGGUAUCAAAAGAGGUAUGAUUACAUGGUUUACUCCUAAAGGUGAGCAAUUUGCUGCAACUGUAAUUGAGAUUGACUCCUGUGAAGUGAUUGGACAAAAAACACGAGAUCAACACGGAUACGAUGCGAACAUCAUUGGAACUAUUGACAAAUUAAAGAAUUAUCCAAGAGAAGCAGAACUUAAAAUGUUUGAAGAAGCAGGAGUUUCGCCAAAACACAAGUUUGGGGAAUUUAGAGUUCUUGACACAAACAAUUUAAUUCCCGUUGGAACUGAGUUGAAGGCUGACUACUUCUCAGUGGGACAAAUGGUGGAUAUCAAAGGUAUUACCAAAGGUAAAGGUUUUGCCGGUGUUAUGAAACGUUGGAACUUUGCUGGUAACAACGCAACACACGGUGUUUCUAAAGCGCAUAGAACACCAGGUUCCAUGGGUGGUAACCAGAAUCCAGGUAGAGUUUUACCAGGGAAAAAGAUGCCGGGUAGAAUGGGAUGCGACAACAGAACUGAGUUCAACAAAGAAGUGCUACAUGUCGAUGGCGAUGCAGGUCUUUUGAUCGUCAAAGGCAAUAUACCAGGUCCAAACAAGAGUAUAGUGAGAAUUUCGGAUGCCCUCAAGUUAUACGGAAAGAGGCGGUUCCAAGUAUUAUCAUAA